AUGGAGCCCGUGUUGGAGGCGCUGCAGAUGUCGACACGGACCAUUGCCGAGCUGCGGAUGGCAUUGCAGGUACAGCGACAGAUCAUUCUACGGCAGCAGCGGCAGCUGGAUAUGGCUGGUAGUGGUGGUGGUGGUGGUGUGGACGGCAGGGAGGGUGGUGAAGGUGGAUGUGGUGAUGAAGAUGAUUGCGGUGGUGGUAAUGGUGGCAAUGGUGAGAUUGAUCGUGGUGGCGAGGCUCGACGGCAGCGUGGCCAGCAGCGAUGA